AUGGGUCUCCUUGAGGGCCUCUUCGGCCGCCCCGUCGACGGCGGCGGAGGCGGCGGCGACGACGACGACAGGAGUAAGGGCGCGGCCAUGGCGGCGGCCGAGUACCACAUCCCUCCCCUCUCGCCCACCGCCGCCUCCGUCGUCCACCGAUGCGCCCGGAUCGCCGGCGUGCCGGUGGAGCAGCUGCUGCUGCGAUUCGAGCCGGAGCAAGGGGGCCAGCCGCUGGUGUACGCCAGGAGCCUCGUGGAGUACUGCUCCUACAUUGCCCUGCGCGUCGAGACCAGGCGCCAUGACCACCUCGCCGACAGCGAGUUCCACUCGCUCACCUAUGAUAUGAUGCUCGCCUGGGAAGCGCCCGAUGACGAGACGGACGCCGCGUUGCAGAAAAUGUCAUCUGGCUUCCUCCAUGACGGCAAUGAUGAUGAUGAUGAUGGUGGAUCCAUGUUCUGUUUGAGCCCCACGCAAAUGGCCAUUCAGGUCGAUGGAAGGAGGACGGUCGGGCCAGAGGCAUUUGCCAAGAUCACUCCAGCUUGUCCUGCAAUGGCGCACGCGAUCACUGUUCGCAACCUAUUUGACGCGCUCACUAACACCACCGGAGGCCGCUUGCAUUUUCUCAUCUUCCAUAAGUACCUCAAAAAUUUAGACAAGGUGCUCAGAUUUGCACAACGUAUAUCAGGUGGACACAAAGCUCCAGCACUUCAACUUUCUGAUGGAGAAGUAAUCCUCGAUAUCUACGGCGCCGCGACAACCAAGCCGAUUCUUCAGCACAUUGGGACGUCCAUUUGGCCUGGGAGGCUCACACUGACGACCCAUGCGCUGUACUUUGAGCCAGUCAGUGUUGAUUUCUCAUACAACGAGGCUGUGGUGUAUGAUCUAUCAAGGGACCUGAAGCAGUCUAUAAAACGUGAGUCAACUGGCCCAUGGGGUGCUCAGCUUUUUGACAAAGCUGUCAUGUACAAAGCUAGCUCUACAAGAGAGCCGGUGUUUUUCGAAUUUCCGCAGUUCAAAGGCCACACUCGUAGAGACUACUGGUUUGCAAUUAUCAAAGAGGUGUUGCAUGCUCACAAGUUCAUUAGGAAGUAUAGGCUGAUCAAUCUACAUAAGGCCGAGGCGCUUUCUGUUGCGACACUAGGAAUUCUCCGAUACCGCACGGUGAAGGAGGGAUUCCACAUUUUGCCUGCACAUUUCAAGACGACUCUUGCCUUCAACUUGGCAGAGAAACUGCCCAAGGGGGACAAGAUACUGGAGGCAUUGUAUGGCCAGCUGCAGCGUCAUUCCUCAAGGUUCAGAGGAGAUGAAGAUUUUGCUCAAAGCAGCUUUGAUGAAUUGACGCUUGCUGAUCCUUUCCCACUUUCUGCAUAUACUUUGGUGGCCAUGGGUUUGCUGACCCUCAAAGAAGACGACAAUCUAGAGGAAAGGGAUCUUACUUUCAGAGAUGUGCAGACAGGAGGAACAAGCUCAGUGCAAAUGGCUCUAGAGCGAUCUGUAGGUUACUCUGGCAGAGUGGAGGCUGCGCGUGCGACGCUUGAUCAGGUUAAAGUGGAAGACAUUGACACUAAUGUAGCUGUGUUGAAGGAACUGCUGUUUCCAUUGAUUGAAAUAGGCAAAAGGAUUCUAUUUUUGGCCGAGUGGGAAGAUCCACUUAAAUCAUACGUCUUCUUAUUCUGUUUACUCUUCACAGUGUACAGAGGCUGGAUCUGGUACUUGUUUCCUGGCUUUCUGCUCAGCUCUGCCUUCUUUAUGCUAUGGCAAAGGCAUAUCGGGAACGGGCAGAUGAUAGGAGCAUUUGAAGUCACAACUCCUCCUCGGAGACGAACUGUCGAACAGCUCCUGGCGCUGCAACAAGCCAUCUCGCAAUUAGAGGCUCACGUGCAAGCUGGAAACAUUUUUCUUCUCAAGCUCCGGUGCCUCAUGCUUGCAGCAUUCCCUCAGAGCACGAAUAAAGUCGCAGCUGCAAUGCUCGUCGCGUCUGCGAUAUUCGCGUACCUGCCCCUGAGAAGCAUACUUCUGCUGAUCCUGCUGGAAGCAUACACGAGGCAUAUGCCGGUAAGGAAGAAGAGCAGCGAGAAGCUGGUGAGGAGAUUGAGGGAGUGGUGGCUACGGAUCCCAGCUGCUCCUGUACAGCUCCUGAGGCCUCCUGAUACCAGGAGAUGGAGAUCGAGGUUGAGAUCGAGAUGAUCUCUUCAGCAAUAUACGAUACAUGUAAAUUCAUUCUGUUGGUAGAAAUGUUGAUAUUUACAGUUAGAAUUUUGUGCUGAAAUGUAAAGUGCAGAUUGUGCAAAAAUGAAUUUGUGUUGUACUGUUAUUCUUGUUCAAAGCUACAACGAGUAAUUUGACUCACUUUUAUACUCUAUCCUAUGUGCAGUACUAAUAGGCACCCAUUGAAA